AUGUCGAAAACGAAACAUGGCAGCGGCAAAAGUCUUAGCAUUAAGCGCAAGCUUAACGAUGCUGAAGUCUCCGACAAGAGCAAAUCCCCAAAGCGCCCCAAGCACAAUAAACAGCCAAAAAGUGAUGUUGUAGCCCGACAGAGACCGGCAGAAGUAGACGAAUCGAUCGCAUUGAUGGAUCCUCUAUUAUUGACCGAUCAUUUCGCAAAAUCCCUUCGAAGAUGCUUUCCAGACGGCGGUGCCAUCGCAAUCGAAGACCAAUACCUGCCUACAAAAGCGAUUCUUGAUUCCACCAAUUUUGACAAAGCCCACGUCACCACGAACUUGCCGGAGUUUCUGGAAACGUUCUCACAGAAUGGCAAAUCUGAACUUUCCACCUGCGAAGAGGAAACAAAGCCGCAUACUCUAGUGAUCACCUCAUCGGGAAUACGAACUGCGGACCUCACACGAGCACUGCGUACUUUUCACACGAAAGAAUGUCAGGUCGCCAAACUGAUUGCAAAACACAUGAAGCUGCAAGAUAAUGUGGAAUAUAUGAAGAAGACAAAAGUCGGAAUUGCGAUAUCGACUCCGGUAAGACUACAAGAUUUGAUCGAGGCUGGCGCGAUUCAGCUGGACGGGCUUCGGCGAAUUGUUGUGGAUGGAUCAUAUCGAGAUGAAAAGAAAAGGACAAUAUUUGAAAUGGAUGAGCUGUUUCGACCGCUGAUGGCACUACUCAAUUUGGAUGGGAUUCGUCGGAGGUACGCUGUUGAAGAGAGUAUCAAGAUCAUGGUAUUCUGA